AUGAAGGUUGUUAUGAUGAUGAUAUUGCUACCCUUGAUGUUUGCAAUGUUUUCUUGCAUGAGUUUGAGUUCAGCAGCACCGUCUCCAUCUACAACAUCCACAUGCCCCAUGGACUUGAAUUAUGUGCUGAGAAUCCCAUGGAACACUUCUGCUUGCCACAACUUCGAACAAACUUUGGCAGCAAAAAAUGGAACAGAUGCAAACAAUUGUUGCAUAUCACUGUUGUCCCUCUUUGGCGUAGGACUUGCACAGCAUCUCAAAGAGACUUCUCAGUUCCAACUCCCCAACCUUGCCACCUCAUUUUCAUGCAUCCAAGACUUCCAAUCUAAGCUUUCUUCCCUCUCUCUCCCCAACAACCUUGCCGACUCCUGCUUUGACCCUCUUCAGUUUGUGAUCUCCCCCAACAUCUGUGCUGGGAUUCAAACCAUCUCUGAUUGGACCAAAAAGCUUGGUCAGUCCACACCACUCAAUACUGCUUGCAAACCGGAUCUCACCGAUCUCUCCCACUGUGAUUUGUGUCUGGCAGCUGGGUUACAGGUCAAGCAGGAGCUUAUCUCCAUAGAUGGUAACACUUCACAUUCCAUAGAAUGUUUUUACUUUGCCAUUCUCUAUGCUGCUGGGAUUGUGAAUGAGUUUGGACCUGAAAGCAAUGGUGCUGUGACUUGUAUUUUUAGCAUGUCGGUUAAUUCACAAGGGGGGUCUGGGGGAAGGAGUCACCAGGCUCUUGUGUUUGGGUUGACAGGAGCUGGGGUCGCUUUGCUGGUGAUGUCUUCUUUUCUGGGGCUUUAUGUGUGGUAUGACAGGAAGCACAGGAGGAAAAAGGAUGAGACUUUUCAGUUUGAUUUUGACCCUGAGGAACAAGGGUCUAGGCGUAGAUUGAGGCCAAAUACGGGGUCCAUUUGGUUCAAAAUUGGGGAACUUGAGAAGGCUACUGAUAAUUUUUCAUCUAAGAACUUCAUUGGCCGAGGUGGGUUUGGCUUGGUUUUCAAGGGAACCUUGCCUGAUGGGACUGUGGUGGCGGUUAAAAGGAUCUUGGAAUCGGAUUUUCAAGGGAAUGAAGAGUUUUGUAAUGAGGUAGAGAUUAUCAGCAACCUGAAGCACCGGAAUCUGGUGCCUCUAAGAGGCUGUUGUGUGGCUGAGGAGAGUGAGAAUUAUGAUGAAAGGGGAAGCCAAAGGUAUCUUGUGUAUGAUUACAUGCCAAAUGGGAACCUGGAAGACCAUCUCUUUGUAUCACCGGACUCUCAGAAAGCAAAGGGAUCAUUGACAUGGCCCCAGAGGAAAAGCAUAAUCUUGGAUGUGGCAAAGGGGUUGGUCUAUUUGCACUAUGGAGUUAAACCUGCAAUUUACCAUAGGGAUAUCAAGGCCACCAAUAUACUACUUGAUGAAGAUAUGAGAGCAAGAGUUGCUGAUUUUGGUCUUGCUAAACAAAGCAGGGAGGGUCAGUCUCAUCUCACUACUAGAGUGGCUGGAACUCACGGAUAUCUAGCCCCUGAAUAUGCACUCUAUGGUCAGCUCACUGAGAAGAGUGAUGUCUAUAGUUUUGGUGUGGUUGUUUUGGAGAUUAUGUGUGGGAGGAAGGCUCUUGACUUGUCUUCAUCAGGCUCACCAAGGGCAUUCUUGAUCACAGAUUGGGCUUGGUCAUUGGUGAAGGCUGGUAAGUUAGAAGAGGCUCUAGAUGCUUCCCUGGUGAAGGAUGAGAACUUUCCUAGCUCAAAUCCUAAGAGCAUAAUGGAGAGGUUUUUGCUGGUGGGGAUUCUAUGCUCCCAUGUCAUGGUUGCUUUGAGGCCAACAAUUUCUGAUGCUUUGAAGAUGUUGGAAGGUGACAUUGAGGUUCCACAAAUCCCAGAUCGCCCUAUGCCUCUUGGCCACCCUUCCUUUUAUAACGAUGGCAAUACUUUUAGCAUAUCUCCAGCAUUAAGUGGCCCCAAGUUGCAAACUGGAGACAUGCUCAGGUAA